AUGGACAUUAAUACGGAUGCCUUUAAUCGCGUCAAUAGUGCUCAUAUUAGAGAUGCUAACAAUUUAAUUGAUAAAAUUAUUGAUGAAAAUCAAGACAGAUUUGACAUAGUUUUUGACAUCGGGUGCGGCAGCGGUAAUGUUACGGCUCUAUUGAAUCAAAGGAUAUUAUGCAACAAAUUAUUUGCUAUUGAUAUUGAUAUGCGAAUGAUUAAGUUUGCAAAAACUAACUAUAGUUCACCAAAAAUACAAUAUAUGGUUCAGGAUAUUGGUGUCGAAUGGGAUCAAUUAGAUUCAAGUCUUAAACAACUGGAAGGAAAAGUAUCGCUUGUUUUUUCUAAUCGGGUUCUCCAUUGGGUUGAGAACAAGGAGUUGGCGACCAAAAAUUUGUACCGAUUUCUGGCUCCUAAUGGAAAGCUCUAUACAAAUAUUACAACACUUUGGGAUGUGUUUUGUGAUUUACUACCAAAUGAGAGGUCAAAAAUGGAAAGUUUAGUCAAAAUUCCAUCAAAAGAGAAACAAAUCGAUAAUUGGAGAACAGCUCUCACGGCUUCGGGAUUUAAAAAUAUUGACAUCGAGUUCAUGAUUCUCAGACAACUGUACCCAAGCGAUCAUUUCAAAAAUAUUUUGUUGCCGUACUUUCCAAAUUUGACAAAAAAAUAUUUGGUAGAAAAGGAUCCAAUCAAACGAAACGAAAUCAUGGCUUCGGGUCUUAAAGAUGUGGUUAAACAGUCUAUUAUAAAAUAUCACAGUCGGGAACUACCAAAUGGUGAUAAUAAUGAAGAAACACUGUUUGAAUUGGAUUACGGACAGUGCAGAAUCACUGCCAGUAACUAAACUUAUUAUAAUUGCAAAAAUGUACUCAAAGUUAUUUUUUAAUUAAAUUAAAAUAUCAUUAAAUUGUUUUGUGUU